AUGGCUCGUGUUCAUCUUUUCACGUCAACUGCUUAUGCACACAGUAGCGGUAAGCGUCGGCAGUCGCCUGCUUUGCCUGAUAUGAAAGUGGAAGAACCGCCGGUACCAUCGUUGAUUAUUAAUAAUAAUAGCUCGAACAGCUUCAAUGAUGAUACCAUUAAUAAAACCAUUGCUGUGACGACAGAGCCAGCUAUUGCUACUCCUUCACAACGGCUUCAGCAACGCUCAACCAUAGAAGGCAACGAUACAUUGAAUGUGGAUGCUAUUGCUUCGCCGUCCUCGGCAAAUGAAGCAUUAUCGACGUCAGUAGAACGAGCAAGCACAAAAGAUAGCAAUAAUGAUGAAUCAGCGGCAGCGGCAGCGGCGGCGGCGGCGGCAGCAUCUACUUUGACCAGCCAAUUGACCGCAGCGUUAUUACAACAAGGGCAACAUCAUGCUAUAAAUACCGAGCGAUCCAUUAACGAACAUGAAGCACAUGGUUCAAAAGAUCAAACAGCAGUAACAGCAACAGCAACACAAUCGUUGGGAUUAUUGCAUAACAAUGAUUCGGAAUUAAUUACUCACGAUAAACAUGCGACGGGACUGAUUACCGGAAGCCAGGAAGAAACGCUCCACCAAGACUAUAAGAAGGGAACAUGGACCAAAGAGGAGGAUGAUUUACUGUUGGCAGGUAUAAAGAAAUUUGGAUAUGGAAGAUGGAAAGAAAUAGCCUCCACGAUACCUGGAAGAAAAGGAAAGCAGUUAAAGCAAAGAUGGGACAACACAUUAGCGGCGAAAUAUGUCGAUCAAGAAUGGUUAAGAAGCAAAAUUAAAGAUGAACAGCAGCAUCAACAGCAACAGCAGGCAGUUACAUCUCAAGUUUCGGCUCAGUCGCAUGAUGAUAAGGACUCCAAAUUCCUGGAAACGACGGAGUGGACAGAUAUUGCUUUGAAAGUGAAUGAGAAAGCAAAGGAAGGUGAUCAACAUGCAAUUGAAACGCUUCUAUCUCAAGCACUAUUAGGCACCGUAACAGGGCAUAAUUCUACUAUUACUAAUGUUGAAACAGCCAGUACUGCUAAUGUUGUUCAUUCAACCCCUGUUACUCCUACAGCUCAUAGCAUUACUUCAUCUCCAGCGCAAACACAAGCCGCACUUAUUCAUUCGUCCGCUCCUACUACACCAACUGCCAUUGAAUCAGCUAAUUUAGCGCACGAUGAACUUUUCAACUUUACACGACAAGCAUCAGACGUAAAUAAUACAUCUACUCUUGAUUAUGCUGACGCAGCUGCGUUGGCUUUAUAUGCAGCUCAAUUAUCACAACACGCCGCUAAUCAAAACACUAGUACGGGUACUAGUGAUUUAACCAAUCAUUAUUUCUUACCAACUACCAAUCCUUUCGAUCAUACCAGUUCUGCAAGCAAUAGUGCAGUAGCAGCAAUAUCAGCAGCUUUGUCUGCUAUGGCAGCACAGCAACAACAACAGCAACAACAACAUAAUCAACAGCCACAUUCGCAACGACAAUCCUUAACGGACUCACAUACUAACUUUAAGCCAUCAUCUCAAUCUACAUCUGCUACACCUGCCUCUACUCCUCAGCUUACUGCCCUGCAUCCCCGUAUUCCUACGAACAAUCUUAAUACAAAUCUAGCGUCAACAAGAUCAACACCAUCCACAGCAGUAGCAGGACAUAAACGACGACGUUCAGAUCCAGCUUUAGCUGAUACUCAAAGUGCUGCAAUGAGUAUUUAUGCUUCUUCUGAACCUAUCACUACUACCAUUAACAACCAAACACAAACCGUCUAUCCUUGCUUAUUUCCUAAUUGCGGUAAAACUUUUGCACGACUGUAUAAUUUGAAAAGUCAUUCAAAGACGCACACAGAUGAUCGGCCAUUUGUAUGUAGUGCAUGCUCAGCAGCGUUUAGUCGUAAUCAUGAUCUCAAAAGGCAUUCAAAGAUACAUGGUGGUGAUAAACCUUAUAGAUGUGAAGGCUGUCAAAAGAGUUUUUCAAGAUUGGAUGCUUUAAAAAGACACAAAAGCAAUCAACGAAAUAAGCAAACUUGUAAUAUAUAA